CCGAGAGAAGAACAAGGCAUCCAAUUCCCGCCAUCUCCACUAGGGUUUCACGGUUCACCUUCGCCGGAGAUUGCAAUCGGCUGCCCUCCUUCCCUUCCAUUAUGGACGGCCAGAGCUUGUCCAGGAGGAGCUUGUCGGUUUCCAGCUCGUCGGGGAGGACGAAGAAGCUCCUUGACAAUGGUGUCCUUGAAGGCCCCCGGAGAUCCUCAUCCUCUAGAUCAAUAACUGUGGGUGGACUCAGUGGAGAGAGAACUGUCAAGAGGCUGCGCUUAUCGAAAGCCUUAACUUUGCCUGAGAAUACAACUGUUCAUGAUGCCUGCAGGCGGAUGGCUGCUCGCCGGGUUGAUGCUGUGUUGCUGACUGACUCUAAUGCAUUGCUUUGUGGAAUUCUAACAGACAAAGAUAUAGCUACAAGAGUAAUUGCUCAGGAGCUAAAGCUCGAGGAAACACCGGUUUCCAAAGUCAUGACACGAGGUCCUGUUUUUGUUCUUUCAGACACUUUAGCUGUUGAAGCACUACAGAAGAUGGUUCAAGGGAAAUUCAGACAUUUGCCUGUUGUGGAGAAUGGUGAGGUUAUUGCUUUGCUUGAUAUUGCAAAAUGCCUUUAUGAUGCUAUUGCAAGAAUGGAAAGAGCAGCUGAGAAGGGAAAAGCAAUUGCAGCUGCUGUAGAAGGUGUUGAGAGGCACUGGGGAACUUCCACUUCUGGUCCUAAUACAUUUAUUGAAGCUCUUCAAGAACGAAUGUUCAGGCCUUCUUUGUCAACUAUAAUUCCAGUAAAUACAAAGAUUGUCACAGUGGAACCUUCUGAUUCAGUCUUAACUGCCACAAAGAAGAUGCUUGAAGUUCAAAUGAGUUCUGCCAUUGUAACAGUUGGAAAUAAACCUCGGGGAAUACUAACUUCGAGUGAUAUUUUGAUGCGGGUAAUUGCAAAACAACUUCCUCCAAGCUUGACCUCAGUGGAGAAGGUUAUGACUCCAAAUCCCGUUUGCGGAACAGUCGAUACUCCAGUCCUCGACGCUCUUCACACCAUUCACGAUGGAAAAUUCUUACAUCUACCUGUAGUGGAUAGAGAUGGAGAUAUUGUUUCAAUUGUUGAUGUACUUCAAGUUACAAAUGCAGCAGUAGCCUCUGUGGAAAACAGUGGAGGAGCUGGAAAUGAGACAACAAUAUCCAUGAUGCAGAAGUUCUGGGAUUCUGCCAUGGCCAUUGGACCUUCUGAUGACGAUGAGGAUACAAGGAGUGAUGGAUCCAUGAAGUUGGCAUGCGAGUCAGCAGACACAAUGAGGUCUCCUUCUGAUCCAUCAAAUCCAUCUUCUGCAUUAGUAACCACCUUCGGCUUUAAGCUCGAGGAUAAGAAAGGCAGGAUGCACAGAUUCAACUGCGACACCCAGAGCUUGACAUAUCUUAUAACCAGUAUUCUUCAAAGAGUCGGCGAGGAUAUUGACAGAAACAAUCUACCACAAAUUUUGUACGAGGAUGAAGAACAUGAUAAGGUGAUACUCGCGUCUGACGAUGACCUUGCAACUGCUGUGGACCAUGCCAAGCUUGCCGGUUGGAUGAGUUUAAGACUGCAUUUAGACUACUCAGGAUCAGGUCAUCGGAGAAGGCGCGGUGGCAGUGGCUCUGGAACUAUGGAUUUUGUGUAUGGUGACGCGUGGGCGGCCGCAUAUAGCGGGAUGGCGGCCGGAGCUGCACUGGUUGCCGGGCUCGGUGUGAUAGCAUACUUGAAGAGAUCAGGCUUAUAGAUUGAAUCAUUGAUCUCAAACUUCAGUAUUACAUUCCAUGCAAGAAAAUCAAAACUUUGUAAUGGUUGUUUGAAAA